AUGGCGGCGUGCAACGGCCUGUUCGUGUACCACAUCCUCGGCCUGGCCUCCCUGCUGGCCGUGUUCUACUUUUCCCUCCUCGGCGAGGUGGACUUCCGCUUCCCCGGCCUCCUCCCGUCCCCCGGUGCGUCCCGGUCCCACGACGCGUCCCUGCCGUUCGUGGAGCGGCGCGGCGCGCAGCUCUUCCUGGAGGGCCGCCCAUUCUACAUCAACGGGUGGAACUCGUACUGGCUCAUGGACCAGGCCGUGGAGCCGGCCAGCCGCCACCGCGUGUCGGACAUGUUCCGCGCCGCCACCGGGAUGGGGCUCACGGUGUGCCGCACCUGGGCCUUUAACGACGGCGCCUACAACGCGCUCCAGCUCUCCCCGGGACACUUCGACGAGCGCGUCUUCAAGGCGCUGGACAUGGUGGUCGUGGAGGCCCGGCGGCACGGCGUGCGGCUCAUCCUCAGCCUGGCCAACAACCUGGAGGCGUACGGCGGGAAGACGCAGUACGUGCGGUGGGCGUGGGACGAAGGCGUCGGCCUCACCGCCUCCAACGACUCCUUCUUCUUCGACCCCGCCAUCCGCGACUACUUCAAAGUCUACCUCAAGGCAUUGUUGACGAGGACGAACCACUUGACGGGGGUGCAGUACAAGGACGACCCUACCAUCUUGGCGUGGGAGCUGAUGAACGAGCCCAGAUGCAUUACCGAUCCGUCCGGUAACACUCUGCAGCGCUGGAUCGAGGAGAUGGCGGGGUACGUGAAGUCGAUCGACCGUCGGCACCUGCUGACCGUCGGCACGGAGGGGUUCUACGGCCCCACGAGCCCGCCGGAGAAGCUGAGCGUGAAUCCGGGGCACUGGUUCAACAACUACGGCCUCGACUUCAUCCGCAACUCCAAGAUCUCCGACAUCGACUUCGCCUCCGUCCACCUUUACCCGGACACCUGGCUGCUGGACGCGAAUCUGGAAGAGAAGCUCAAGUUCGUGACGAAGUGGGUGAGCUCCCACUUCGAGGACGGCGACACGGAGCUCGGCGGCAAGCCCGUGGUGCUCACGGAGUUCGGGCUGUCGCAUUUGGUCAAGGGGUUCGAGCAGUCGCAGCGCGACGCCUUCUACAAGUCGGUGUACGACAUCGUCCACGAGUCGGCCAAGAGGGGCGGCGCCGGCGCCGGCGCGAUAGUGUGGCAGCUCGCCGCCGAGGACAUGGAGGAGUACCACGACGGCUUCGCCAUCGUGCCCAGCGAGACGCCGACCAUGCAGAAGCUGCUGACGGAGCAGUCGUGCAGGCUGGCCGCGCUGAGGCACGGGGAGCAGGAGGCCAAGAGGAUCCUCAAGGCGGUGCCCUUGACCUUUGGUGUUUACGUCAUUGUCGAGUGGCAGCGGAGGAUAGUGAUAUUCUGUAGACCUCGAAUAGUGUUUUGUCUGCACAAGAGAUAUUUAUAUGUACGCCUGUGUAAGCGUAAGAAAAAUGUAGGCAUGUUCUGCAUGGAAAUGGAGCACCGACGAAUCUUUGCUCAUUGUGCUUGUGAUCCAGACAUCCAGUGA